CAUGGAUGCGCGCGGACGACACGCGCACAUCAAUAGCGGGACAUUCGAGCACGCGGCGCCGCUUGAGGUGGCGGACGACGAGGCGCAGCCGUUGCGGGGAGAUAUACGGCGGGUAGGCGAUUGGAAGGAUUUCGCGCAUAUAUCGCGGAUUAGAAGGACGAUUGGGCAGAGGAGGAGGAUGCUGGGGGUGGUGAAUGCGGGGGUGAUUACGACAAGUGCGGUGGGGAGGGUGGCGGAUAAUAGGCAGGAGGAGGAGGUAGGUUCUGCGACGCCGUCGUGCUCGUGGGAGGAGCAGAGGGGGGUGAAGAGAAAGGUGGAUGCGUGUGGACAUGUUAUACCCGAGGAGGAGUUUGACGAGUUAAUUGAGCCGAAGGUCGAGUCGCCAGGGGACGAUGCAGCGUUGGCGCUAAUUGAGAACCAUCGGCGGUCGAUGGAAUUGAUGUUGCCAGUGGCAGCGAAGAGGCCGAGGGGGAGGCCGCGGAAACAUCCGAUUGUGCCGGAGUCGAUCAAUAGAAUUACGAAGGGGAGGUCGAAGACGGGGUGUAUUACAUGCCGGAAACGGAAGAAGAAGUGUGACGAGGCGAAGCCGAGAUGCAAUAAUUGCGAGAAGAACGCCGUGGUGUGCGAAGGCUACCCAGAGCCGGCCAUCUGGAAGUCGGGCAAGGAGAAGGCAGAGGAAGGCACAGCCGCCUGGUCAAAGGAUAUCUCGACCUCCGUGCUUGCCCAGUCGACCGCGCAGCUCAGCCGCGUGUGCAUCCCCAACAUCCAACUCCAACCUGUGAUCCACGGCGUCGACACGGCCGGCGACCGCAUCUUCUUCGAGCACUACGUGUUCCGUCUUAGCGCAGUAUUGACGGUUGAGGGCCCGCAGAAGAAUGCCUUCAAGGACAUGCUGCUUCCGAUGGCCGUCAAGCACCUCGGGCUGAUGCACUCGAUCCUAUCUCUAUCGAGUAGCAACCUCGACUACCAAAGCGAAUACGGGCGCGCGAUCCUGGCCAAGCACCCGGACGUCACAGAAAAUAGCCUCUGCGAGCGCGCGUUAUUCCACCAGGAAGAGGCCGUCAAGGAGUUUGUCCUCGACAUCGAGCGGCAGAACCCCGGCACGACAGAGAACGUCGUCCUCUCCGUUCGCUACGGUCAAAUGCUCUGCUUCGUCGUCAAGAGCCUAACAGAGGGCAAGACGACAGGAGAGCACCGCGUGCACCUACAAGCCUACCAGAAGCUCAUCCGCGAGACACCCCCCGAAGACUCCCGGUUCAUGGAUUUCAUCAAGGAGUACUUCCAAUUCCACAUAUCGGUCGACGAGCUUGUCCACCGCCCUGCCUCCCUACCCCCCUCCUUCACCUCCUCCCCGACCCCCGACGACGACUCCUUCUUCUCCCUCCCUCCCGCUCUCUUCCAGCCCGAAGCGGAGUGCCUCAUGGGCGUCCAGGAUAACCUCUUCUACUUCAUGUCCUCGAUAACGAGGCUCCGCAACAAAAUCCGCAUCAACAUCGAAUCAGACAUCGACCCGAUUGUCGACUAUAACGCCCUCUACCGCGCCUCCCAGAUCGACGCCUCCAUCCGUGCCUGGCAGUCCGCAUGGCCAGUCGGCGAGGUCCGACAUGUCGCCGGCCUGCUGUAUAAGCAGAUGCUCUGGGUGUACUUGUGGCGUAGCAUCUACCCUCCGAAAGCGACGCGCUGGGUGCCCGACACCAAGAUCACGUCUGCUGUUAACGGCGCGCUGGAGCUUCUACGGCUGAUUCCCGCGAACGACCCGUGCCAGACUGUGUUGCUGACACCGACGUUUACUAUUGGCUGCGCGGCGUUUGAGCCGGAGCAGAGGAUACCGAUAAGAGAGAGUAUUAGGCGGAUUAAGGCGUAUACGACGUUACGGAAUGCGGAUCGCGCGCUGGAGGUGCUGGAGGAGGUGUGGAGGUAUAUGGAUAAGAGGGAUGAGAGGAGUUGGGAUUGGCAGGGCAUUGCGAGUGAUAUGGGGAUGGACUUUUUGGCUACGUGAGCGGAGAGGGAGUAUAUUUGGAGGAGCAGGCGCGGGAGCUUGACGGAAUGGGGUAUUCCGGAGUUGCGAAUGCUACGGCUGGAGCGUGACGCGCGUAUUAACGGACUCGAAGCGGAUGGUAGAACCGACUCCCCUGUCCUGGCGUGCUGGAUUGGUUACUCAAAGGCGCCGCCCACGACGACGGCGCGUAUACAAGACGCCACCCCCUGAAUGCCACAUUGGCAUACCACUGUCGCGAUACGUCAUCCGGUACACCACUGCUAUAUCACGGUGCUCACUGUCAAAUCACAUCUCACAGCGUUCGGGCAGGUGGGGAAAAGUGGAUCGGCGUUCACACCUACACCUACAUCUACAUUAUCAACAUCCACAUCCUAUCUAUCCACACACCAACAACCCCUCGCACAUUCCCCGCCCCGAGCGGCAAAUCUGAGGGGCUACAACCCCUCAACCUAUUUUAUUGUCCUCCUGCUUAGUGUGCAUUGUUUUUUAUCCAUUUAUCAAAACGGUAUCCAGGCCGGUCGCACAGCGACGGGCUCGGAGGCGGCUGUUCGUGAAAUGGUUUUUAUUAUUAUUAUUAUUAUUAUAGUUUUUACCCCUCCCUUCCAUCUGGUUGGGGAACCUUGGCGCUUUUAAUGGAUACGGCUAAGUCUAGCUACUUACUCGUGCCUGUUAACAGCGCCGAGUUUGUCGUCAUAAGAUGGAAGGGAGGGGAGGGGGGUACUAGGGAUGGGCUGGGACUGGG